AUGAGGCUUAGACGGUUACCACAAAGUGCAAUACUCGAGGAAUUACUAAGAGAAGACGAAGAAGAGAGUGAAUCAGAGCUCAGCGACCAAGGCUCUGAAACUGCCGACCACAUCGUUGCCGAGGAACCUCGAUCUGCUGAGGAAUCAAACUGCUCGGACUCAGAAGAGUAUGAUUUGUCACUUUCAGAAAUAAGUAGCUGUUUUACAGGGCGCGAUAAAGUAACGAAGUGGCAAAAAUCUAACAAUAACAGAGUGAGGCGUCAAGUUCAAAAUAUUCUCACGGAAGAUGCGGGCACUCGUAGGAAUGGUGUGGGAGUGACAACAUUUACGCAAGCCUGGAGUUUAUUUAUUUCAGAGAAUAUUAUUGAAAAAGUUGUUAGAUAUACCAACGAAUUUAUUCAAAAAAAAAAGCGCCAUCGUAUAACAGAAUACGUGACUGCAAACCGACAGAUGCGGUGGAAAAUCUAUCACUUUUCGGAUUGUUGUACGUAG